AGUGAAGCAGCCUCCAUUACUCCUCAUGCAUGGACUACUCCAGAGUUCUGACGCAUGGUUUGACGCUAGUCCGGGUACUGGCCUGGCUUAUCUCCUCGCUGAUGAAUGUUUCGAUGUGUGGGUUGGCAACCAACGAGGCAACUACUACGCCAGAAGACAUCUCACUCUAAACCCUGAUAAAGAUUCAGCAUUUUGGGAUUUCUCAAUCGAUCAAAUUGGCUAUUACGAUAUCCCAGCAACGAUUGAUUACGUCUUAAGCAACACAGGGGUUAAAAAACUAAACUAUAUUGGAUUCUCUCAGGGUGCCGGGACAUUUCUUGUGAUGUGUUCAGAACGGCCAGAAUAUUCCAAGAAAUCGAACGUGUUAAUCAGCAUAUCUCCCGCAACCAGAGUGAAGAACACCAAAUCAAAGUCUUUUAGAUCACUAUUGAAUAUUUUAUCAACUUAUGAGGGAUUAUUAGCUCAAUUGAAAAUUAAUGAACUUUUUGCUAAAGAAAGUUUUCUCCAAGUGUUAUUUGAAUUCAUCUGUCAGAUUCGAUUGUUUUCUGAACCACUCUGCGAGAACUUUCUUUGUGGGAUUCUCGAUUCCUCUCACCCAGGAUCCAUUACUCAUAAAACCUUAGCCAUGGUAUACAGCCAUUUACCUGCAGGCACCUCUCUGCGCAACAUGGCUAGAUAUGGACAGAGUUUGAAUGCAGAGGAUUUUCAAAAAUAUGACUUCGGUGAAACAGUAAAUGUGGUUAAAUAUGGUAGCAAGAAGCCACCUGGAUAUAACUUAAGUUCAAUUUCUUUACCUGUGGUAAUAAUAUAUGGGGCGAAUGAUCAUUUAGUGGACACCAAGGAUAUAAGCUGGUUGGUAGACAAAUUACCAAAUGUGAUAGGCUUGGAGGAAGUUGCUGAUCCUUUGUGGAAUCAUUUCGACUCAGUGGGUAGUCAGCAUUUCAAUAAAAUGAUAUGGCCAACAGUUAAUAGAUAUUUGGAGCGCUUUAGUGAUACGUAUAUGAAGACCAAAAGUUAAAAUUUGAAAUAUCUAACAUUAAAAUAAAUAAAAUACUUUUAAGAUCAGGUUAUUAUAUAAUUUAUACUCUUAAUUUAUUUAUUUAUUUAACACAGACCCUAAAAUAAAUUUUGAUUUCACGAGUUACAAUAAAUUCAAAUUUAAGUAAUUUCUGUUAAAAGAGGUGGCAACUGGUCUUGUGAUGCAGGAAAAAUUACAAUGCAAACAAAUAUGGGUACCUUCAAAAAAGCGCGUACACCUUCCUUAAAGGCCGGCAACGCUCUUGUGAUUCCUCUGGUGUUGCAAGAGAAUGUGGGCGGCGGUGAUCACUUAACACCAGGUGACCCGUACGCUCGUUUGUCCUCCUAUUCCAUAAAAAAAAAAAUUACUUUUGAGUGUGUUUCUUAGUGAUGUUUAGUGUUUAUAUUAUUUAUUCAGGAAAGAAACUAUAAUCUACCUUCUAAGUUUUUUCUGCAGUUUCAGUCAUACAAACUAUAUAGGUAACCAUAAAAAAAGUCAUAAAAAUCAAAAGUAAUUUUUAUUUCUAAUUCUCACAAAAAUUUUUUUACACUUCUUUUUGAUGUCAAUCAAGCACUGCCACAGCUUCGGCGGCCGUUCAAAUGACGGCAAAUUCAGAAAAUUCUUUACUCUGAUAAAAAAUCUACAGUGAACCUGAUAAGGUGUGCCACCUGAUAACAAUAUAAUGAACUUACUGUAAUAAUUAAUUGCAAUUUUUGAAGUGAAAACUUCUACUUCUUUAGCGGCGUUGAGUAGUUUUUCUUGGGAUGGCUAUAAAAUGUUAAACUCGCAUCAUGACACGUGGCCUGGUCGAAACUUCGUAAUCUUACCAAAUGUGAUGUGGAUUGGAGGAAGAUGGUGAUCCUUUGUGGAAUCAUUUUGGCACAGUGUAUAAUCACCAUAUCAAUAAAUUGAUAUGGCCAACAGUCUGAAUUAAUCUACCUUUUAAUUUUUUGUUGAAUGAACUAUUAGUUAUCAAAAAUAAACAAUGUGAUAUUUUU